UGUCAAACAUCGAUUAAAUCUACAACUGAUUCGCGAAAGAUGUCAAGUCAUCAUUUAGUAGGCAAGAUUUUGUCGCUUCUAUUAACACUUGGGUUGCUUCAGAUAUGUCUGUCAAGUCCAUACAAUGAUCCCUAUCACACGUGCAAGUCACGUGGCAAGCCAGUGACGCAGUCAUCGACCGAGGGUACCCAUGAUGCAUCGCUGGCAACGGACGGGAAUUACGAGCAAAACGACGAUAAGGAAUGCGCAAUGACAACUGUUUCAAACACUCCGUACUUGCUGGUCGACCUUGGAAAUGAUAUUUUCAUAAAUUUUGUUGUUUUUAUUCUAUCCAAAAGUUCCUCAUCGUAUUCCAAUAUAAAGAUUACUUUUUCAAACACCCAGGAGGGUCCUAAUCUAGCUGACGGCAAAAUUGAGACCAUAAAAAAUAUCGAACGGAAAUCCCCUAGACGUAAUAUUCGUUACAUACGAAUUUCACGGGAAGAAUCAAGCACGCAGCUCAAAGUUUGUGAAAUAGCCGCUUACACUCUGCCUCACGAAAACCUGGCACAGCGAAAACGAACUAAGACAUACAAGAUUCAAUCUUACGGUGGUCCAUACAGAGCUGUAGAUCUUGAUAUGGGGACACAAUUAAAAAGCAAGACCUAUACGAGACCUUGGCUGAGAAUUGAUUUACAAGACGUUUAUUUUGUACAUGAGGUGUUGGUCUUUGCCUCAACGGGGAAAACCAACAUCGGAACUAUGCAUCAUGUAAAUAUUCGAAUAGGGAGUUCUACUGAAUUACUAAACAACCCAGUAUGUACGACUGCAACAUUACACGUUGGCGAAGGGAGAUCAUUUUACUGUGAUAUGUUUGGCCAAAUAAUCUUCAUUCACAGAGAAGGCCUCGUCUCUUUAUUCAUUGCUGAGGUAUUGGUUAAUACGAACAAUGGAAAGAGUGUUGAAGCGAUAGCUGCGACCCGGACCCCAGGAGCUGAAUCGUCUGGGAAAGAAGCGAUAAACGUAUUUUCACUGAGCCUUAAAACAUGGUAUGUGAGUGAGUCGGUGAUUCAAGAGAAGAAAAUCAGGAUCGAGUUGGCAGGCCAAUUCAAUAUUGCUAUGAUAUAUAUCGUUGCAACCACACUUUUACAAUUUACCUUGAAGCUUGGAUUAAACACCAAUCCCGAUUUGCAAAGUGACUGUAUUCCUGGCAGACACGACAUGCCGAACAUUCAUGAAACAAGACACUUCGUCUGUACGGAAAGAAUUUUAACAAAGUACAUACACUUGCAUCAAUACAAUAAGGAAACAAAAAUGCAAAUACUUUCAGUUUUUGCGUUUGAAGAGACAAGACCCGAAAUCAACUACGAAACAACGAACAGACACGUUUGGUUGGAGGAAGGUAAAGAUGCUUCAUUGUCAUGUGACAUCAACGCUUACCCAGCCCCCGUGUUCUCAUGGGUAAAAAACAAGAAACGUAUAGCGUACGGAUCGAGUACCUUGACUUUACGUCAUGUAAGACAAAAUCAAAGCGGCGACUACGAAUGCUGGGGAAACAACACAAUUGGCUACAAUGCAAUGUUGAUGAAAGUUCAAGUUUCGAGCAAGUUACGCGUGUGCACAGACCAAAAGGAGAAGAGAUUUGAUUUUAUUACAUCAAGUACUGCGACGAGUUUCAAAAUCAUGGGACACGAAUGGUACAGCUUUUACGAUGAAAAACAAAUGAAAUACGGUCAGUUCGAAGAAAAAGCACCUAAAUCGCCUUCACCCGAUUUGCCAUUACCAUGUCAGCUUUGGCUGAGCGGAACACAUCCGAGACUCGAAGACGGUAUUGUUAGCAGAAAAGUAUGUUUGAAGAAUACGACUAACGAUUGCGCGGAAACAUACGAUGUAGAUAUAACAAGAUGUGCCGCCUACUAUACAUACCAUUUUCCAAAUCUACGAAAAGAAUCAAGUCAUUACAAGUUCUGCUUUGCGCCUUCUUCUACAAUCGCACUUGGACAAAGUCCAGCAAUCUCACAUCCAAGCAGGCCCAACCACGCCUUACACGGCAAAACAUUCAAAACAGAAUUGGAAGUCACAGAAUCCUAUCACUGCUUGGCCAUGUGCCAGCUCCAUGCACAAUGCAAGUCCUUCAACUUUUCCAAGAAAUACAAGAUCUGCGAACUCAACACGUCCACAAGAAAAGAAUUUCCAAAAAAUUAUCUUGGAAGAAGCCGAUACAGCUACUUUCCAAUGGACAGAGGAAUUGUACACGAGGUUGGACUAUAAACAGAAGAAUUGCUUUUGGAUUCGCCUUUACUUUCCAAAUUUUCUUUCACCAUCGUUACAGCACAAUAGUCGGAUGGAUCAAAUAGAAUAGAUUACACACUUUUACAAUCGAAUUUCACUUCGAGACUAAGGCUACAGACAGUAACGUUUUAGAGCGUUUUCACA